UUAUCAGAGAAUCAAACGCCGUUGAAAGAUAACGGGAAUAUUGUAGUAUGUUGUAUUUUUGCGAUGAUGGUGGUGUCCAAAAUCAAGGGAUGAAAUAUAUUUAGGUGUUUUUGUGGGUCUUUGUGUCGUGGGUGGCCAUUUUACCUUUUUACCUGGGUUGAAUAACGUGUGAACAUGCCGUGGUUUCAGUUGGGUCCAUGGUCGGUGUGAGUGUAGGUGAAAUUGGGAAAAUUAUUCGUUUUGGUGGUGAUAUGGGACUCGCAUGGUAAUAUAACUCCCACCAGAUAGAUGAUGCAUACCCCUGUCGGAACCCUGGAGCGGGACCCCAUCCCCCCUCCCUACUCUCCACCAAUCAGCGAUGAUUUGAGUGUCAUGUCACAUGUCAUACCUCGUAAAGAUGAGUGCAACAAUCUCACGAACAGUGUCGUUCGGUUACAAAAUGAGUUGAACAACUUUAGUCUCCACAAAAGCGCAAGCGAACCAACGAUGGUCGCCCCAACCCAACCCCAACAGGACAGCUCUCCCGAUACCCCCCAACCCGCCCCUUACGACCUUAAUAAGGGCUGGAUGACCGGAAUUUUCGGCUGCUUAAGGCCAGUUUUAUCCGUCAUAGGGCGAGGGGCAGUGAGUGAGAUCAAAAAUAGUCAUCAAGAUGAUUGGGAAAUUCCUUUUGAACAAAUCACAGAUUUGAAGUACUUGGGAUCGGGUGGUCAGGGGACGGUUUUCUCCGGGAUGUUGAAUAACCAACCAGUGGCUGUUAAAAAAGUCUACGACAUUAAAGAAACCGAUAUUAGGAAUUUGAAAAAGUUGAAUCAUCCUAACAUUGUUAAAUUUAAAGGAGUUUGCACUCAACUUCCUUGUCUCAGUAUUAUAAUGGAGUAUUGUCCAUAUGGGCCCCUCUUUAAUUUACUCAAAAACCAGAAGAAUGUCGUGACAAUUAAUCGAGUUGUCUCUUGGGCGAAACAAAUCACAAGUGGUAUGCAUUAUCUUCACUCCCAGAAGAUUAUUCAUCGAGAUUUGAAAAGUCCCAAUGUUUUAAUUGGGGAAGAAGAAGUGAUCAAAAUUAGUGAUUUUGGUACUUCACGCACUUGGAAUGGUGUUAGCGAAAAAAUGAGUUUUGCUGGAACCGUUGCUUGGAUGGCCCCUGAAGCCAUUAAAGAGUUAGAAUGUUCGGAAAAAGUCGAUAUUUGGUCGUUUGGUGUCGUUUUAUGGGAAUUACUCACGUGUGAAGUACCAUAUGAUGGGAUGGAACAAAGCGCCAUCAUGUAUAUGGUCGGGUGUGGGAAACUAAGACCACCAAUACCAAAAACGUGCCCAGAUGGGUUCAGACUCAUCAUGGAAAUGUGCUGGAAACUGAACCCCAAAGAACGACCUUCCUUCAAACUCAUUUUGAAUCAUUUACAAAUCGCGUCGGUUGAGAUUUUGGGUAAAUAUGAAGAUAACCAAUUCUUCAAAACACAAGAAAGCUGGAAGGAAGAAAUCAAGUCUCAGAUAACCCAAUUCAAGGCCCAAUUGCAGAAACAACGAAUCGAGUUUCAACUCAAAGAAGAACAAUUGAUCCAAAAACGUGAAAACGAAAUAAAACAUGUUCGCGAUAUCCGGGAAUUGUACGACCGGAAGUUGGAAAAAGUCCACCAAUUAUACUUGGAAUUGUCUGCAGUGUUGCAACAAGUUGAACAAUAUAACCGUCAAGGGGGCCGUAAACGCGACAUUCAGAAAAAUCGACGUCUAAUUAACCCUUUUGUACGCAAAAUGGAACGCAGAAGGAGUAAUCAUAGUACGACCCCCACGAGUCCCGAGUGUAGUCUCACGAGCCCCGACAGCCCCCAAACUACGACUCCGGUGAAAGCCCCGGAAUCGGGCCAAAAGUUCCGGAAACGUCAUUACCGGACAAAUUCCGGGUCGCCUCGCAAUUCGAAGAGUUCUAACCGGAGUGUUGAUGCAGAGACUCAGACUGAUUCGAUGGAUUUAAGUGAAACUGAGUUGAGUCCGAGUUUUGACCUCCCGGUGUGCAUUGUCUCGAAGAAGGUGCCCCAGAGGGUGGUUCUUCGGGAAGAGGGCGGCAAUGGAAAUGUGCAGUUGAGAUACGUGACCGAUAGCCAUGACACAGAGGUCGAGGUCUUCAGUCGGAGACACUCCGAGUCGCUCGAGGACACCCUCAACCGGAACGACGCCACCCGGAGGGAUUUCAGCGACGAGGACAAUCUAGAAACCCUCGGUCGGAAAGUUUCAGCCCUGAAAAACGGCAAUAUCUUCACUGAUAUUCAAAAUUCGGCUGAAAAUGGCAACGUUAAAAACUGUGCUUGUGCACAAGACAGCACCGAAGAUGCCUGUAAUGACAGUUUUACUGAUGAGGAGGGCGAAGUCUACAAUAAUACAUUGUGGAGAAAAAGUAAGCUCGGGAAAGACUUAAUAAAACUGAGCUCGGCGCGCCGUCCCAUCUACCCCGUCCGCCGUUCAAACCGCAGCAAAUCCAGUUUGAAUUUCCACCACCAGAAGAACGGCUCCGACGAGGGCGACACAUCCGAAUACUCAGUUUCACCGUCCAGCAAAAGCUCCACACUUGAAUCCAAUCCAGAUCGGGUGGUGUUGAAGAAAGUUGCAGCCCUUAAACGCCCUUCAUCUGAUAGCGAAUCAGAUCAAAACGUAACAAUCGUUACUCAAGUAUCCUACAAGUCAGAGAGUGUAGUCUGAAUAGGUCAUUGUGAUUUAAUUAAGUAUCCACGUUUUUUUUUUAUUACUUACCUGAAAAUGUGCAAUUUUAGUAAUUUAUUAUUCAGUUGCCGUCUUUUUACAAGUAUUAGAGAAAUUAUUGUGACAAUUUUCGGGAAAACUUGCCACUUUACAGCCGACUUUCCUCUCUAUUUUCGCACUU